AACCGCUAGCGACUGCACAUAGCGUUACCGCGUCGAAUCAAAAACACGUAUACUACGCUUAAAACACGUGAACAAGUCAAUCGCCUAGUUAUCGUCAUUUUUUUUCCUAUCACGUAACAUCGCCAUCGAAAUAAAUAAAUAAACCUUGUAUAUAACUGUCGGCGACCGUGAAAAUAUCUUAUUACAUACUAAUACAUCUUUGAGAAAACACUUCGAAGUAGUGCAAUAAUUCGGUACGUUAUUCUUGAAUUUGGAAAACAAAUCUGAAAACAUGCCUCCUAAUUCGGUUGACGCAAAUGGGAUAUUAUUCGAAUCUGAAGCAGCUACUCCUGAUUUGGCACUCCCCUCUGUGCCAAUACAGCAAGCAGACAAUUAUCCUAGGAAAUAUGUUUGGCGAAACAUCAUAGCCUUCACAUAUCUACAUAUAGCGGCUUUAUAUGGAGGAUAUCUCUUUCUAUUCUCAGCCAAAUGGCAAACGGAUAUAUUUGCGUAUGUUCUGUAUGUGAUGUCUGGACUUGGGAUCACAGCAGGAGCUCACAGACUCUGGGCUCACAAAUCUUAUAAAGCAAAGUGGCCGCUCCGACUCAUUUUGGUCUUUUUCAACACUCUAGCUUUCCAGGAUUCUGCUUUGGACUGGGCACGUGACCACCGCAUGCACCACAAGUACUCGGAGACGGACGCGGACCCGCACAAUGCGACUCGCGGCUUCUUCUUCUCCCACAUCGGCUGGCUGCUCGUCCGCAAACACCCCGAGCUCAAGAGGAAGGGCAAGGGUCUCGAUUUGAGCGACCUUUACGCGGACCCGAUUUUGAGAUUUCAAAAGAAGUAUUACUUGCUGCUGAUGCCAAUCACAUGCUUUGUGCUGCCAACGAUAAUACCAGUCUACUUCUGGGGUGAGACAUACAUCAACGCCUACUUCGUGGCCGCCAUGUUCCGUUACGCGUUCAUACUGAACGUGACGUGGCUGGUUAACUCCGCAGCUCACAAAUGGGGAGACAAACCCUACGACAAGAAUAUUCAGCCUUCUGAGAAUAUAUCCGUCGCGGUGUUCGCACUCGGCGAGGGCUUCCACAACUAUCACCACACUUUCCCGUGGGAUUAUAAAACAGCAGAGCUCGGUAACAACAGGCUGAAUUUUACGACGAGCUUCAUCAACUUCUUCGCGAAGAUCGGCUGGGCUUAUGAUCUGAAAACCGUAUCGGAUGAGAUUGUGAAGAAUAGAGCUCUGCGCACUGGUGAUGGAACCCAUCACCUCUGGGGCUGGGGUGACAAGGAUCACUCCGUGGAGGAGAUGAAGGCAGCCAUCAGGAUCAAUCCCAAGGAUGAGAAAGAUGACUAGAUUUCACACCUACGCGAAUAUAUUACAUUACUAUAUAGCAAAGCGUAUAGUUUUAACUUUGUUGUGAUAAUAGUUAUCGAUAUCUAAAGAUAUCUUUUGUUAACUUUCUUCUUCACCAGAUCUGCUUUUCCUCUAAAAAACGUUGUCGAUUUUAAAAUGAGUUCGAUAGUGGCUAACGAGAAUUCACAAGCGUUAUGUUAAUGUUCUUCCAGUCGACAAUUGUUAGAAGAAAUUUAAUGUCUAUGUAUGUCUUAUUAUUAAUGGAUUAUAAUUCGAUAUGAACUCGAAUUGAAUACGAAUAUUUUUCAAAUUAAAUUAUUAGAAUUGUUAUUGAAUAGAAUGUUAUCAGACUAUUACAAUUAUAGAGAAACUCUUAAAGAUGAAUGUAGAUCUAUUUUUAAUAUGCACUGAUUGCUUGAGCUAAUCGAAUGUUUAAUGCUAAUUUAUUUAUUUAAGAUUUGUUGGAGUCAUACCGAGCACAACUGUAAUCGCAUUGCUUUUUUUAAUUUUUUGCGACACGCACGUUACUUAUGAAAGAUUGAUGAUACAAAGAAACCUUCUCUCAAGUAUAGAACAACUGUACAAUGUUUUAACUCAAUUGUAUGUAUGGUUCAAGAACGUAUACGAACAAACGAACAUUCAAUUUUAUAUGGCAUGACGAAACGGUAUGCAUGUGUAAUGAUAGGUAACACAUCAGUAUUAUAAACCACAUAGAAUACAUUAGUUUGUGUACCCACUAGUCGUUUGUUAGUUGCAUUUGUAGCAAUUUUUGUAAGCCAAACCAUUUGUUGAGCACAUAAUUAAACCCAGUAAUAUAUUUAAAAAACAUAUUUCCUAUUUAAUGUUUUAGUUUUAUGGAUCGUUAGGGUAUGAAUAUGUGGUCUGUAAGAAAUAUAUACAUUGGCAUUGUGGAGAAACUCGAUUGUAAAUAGGUGUUAUUUAAACAAUGAUAUACUACAGAAAGUUAUUAUAAUAUUAAAUUACUUUUUAAUAAAUGCUUUUGAAAAGUAUAAAAGUAAGAGAUAUGGUUAUAUGUACUCAACUGCGCGUUAAAUGUUUGGUUGACGCUUCCAAAUAUAGACAGGCGACACUUAUAAAGUGCCCGAUUCCCUUUUACGUAAUUAUAAUAUUGUUUUAAUAAACACCUAUUUAUAUCGACAAUACCUAUGAUUACGACUGAUGUGUAAAGGGAUUGUGAUAUUUAGGAAGGUAAAUAAAGUAGAAGGAAAGAAAAAUUCAAUACAAAAUGAUUUUUGUCUCUAAUAUAUUUAUUUUUCAUUUAUAAGCACAAAUAAAAAAAUAUUAUAUAAUUAUGAUUAAAAUUUAAAUAGAUGGUGUAUCUGGCAUCCCAUAGUAUCUUCAGUGUUGCUAGCUUCAAACGGUGUGCUAAAUAUACUAAACAGCUCGUUUGAAUAUCUUAAGUCGAUUUGUAUCGCAUGCUAGAGUAUGUAAAUUGCACGCCGAGUGAAGAAAGCGUCAUAGUUCUAGUUAAUAACUGUUAACUAAGUCGGAACUAAAUAAAAUCCAGCCCUUAUUAUUCUAAAAUAUAAGCGCAAAAUAUUUAA